GCCGGUCCUGUUUGUGUAUAAAUAGAAACAGAAACUAACACAAUUGCAUAAGCAUCCCAACCCUCAUCUUCUUUAUUGUUUAUCAGUAUAUUAACCCUUCGUCAAGGUUCAACCAGAACCAGCGCAUAUGGAGAUCUUUUUGAUCAGUGUGCUGUGCAUACUGCUGGCCUUUUCACUCUUCUUACUACAAAAAAAUCAUAUGAAAGCUGUUCAAAAGCUUCCACCAGGACCCUUCCCCUUACCACUCAUAGGAAAUAUACACAACCUCGGCAAACACCCGCAUAAAUCCUUAGCCAACCUGGCUCAGGUUUACGGUCCGAUUAUGAGUCUAAGACUGGGACGUAUAACCACCAUAAUUAUCUCUUCACCGACUGCAGCUCGAGAAGUCCUCCAAAAGCAAGACCUGGCCUUCUCUACUCGGCCCCAUCCCGAUGCUAUACGUGCCCAAGACCAUUUCAAGUUCUCGGUUGCAUGGUUGCCUGUUGGAAAUCAGUGGAGGAAUCUAAGAAAAAUUAUGAGCUCUUAUAUUUUUACAACUAGCAAGCUGGAUGCUAAUCAUCAUCUUCGAACGAAUAAGGUGCAGGAGCUUGUUGGAUACGUUACUAAGUGUAGCGAAAGAGGGGAGGCUGUAGAUAUUGGUUGUGCUGCUUUUCAGACUGCGCUUAAUCUUUUGUCUAAUACCAUGUUUUCCAAGGAUAUGGUAGAUCCGUAUCAUGGUAGUGACACUAAGGAGUUUAAGGACACGGUGUGGAACAUUAUGAAGGAGGCAGGUACGCCGAAUUUUGUGGAUUAUUUUCCUAUUCUUAGGGCUUUCGAUCCUCAAGGUAUCAAACGACGAUCAAGUGUUUAUUUUGGAAAGUUGAUCAAGUUGUUUGAUGGUAUGGUGAACGAGCGUUUGGAGCUGAAGAAGUUGGGAGCUGACAACAGUCUUAGUGCAGAUGUGCUCGACGAACUGCUGAAAUUGUUGCGAACAAAUGAAAUUGAGAAAGGACACGCCAAUCACUUGCUCACGGAUUUGUUCGCUGCAGGAACAGAUACGACUUCAAGUACAGUGGAAUGGACGAUGGCUGAGGUAUUAAGAAAUCCGGAAACGGUAUUGGCCAAGGCGAAAGCUGAGCUGGAUCAAGUGAUUGGAAAAGGCAAGAUAGUAGAAGAAGCAGACGUUUCUAAGUUGACUUAUUUGCAAUGCAUUGUGAAAGAGACUGCAAGGUUGCACCCACCAGUUCCCUUCUUACUACCACGCCAAGUGACAGAAGAUGUUGAAUUAAGUGGCUAUAUAAUUCCCAAAAAUUCGCAAGUGAUGGUGAAUGUAUGGGCUUUCGGACGCGAUCCCACGCUAUGGGAAAAUCCACUGUCAUUCCAUCCGGAGAGAUUCAUGGACUCCAAAGUUGACGUGUAUGGGCAUGAUUACGAGCUGAUUCCAUUUGGCGCGGGUCGAAGGAAAUGUCCUGGAUUGCCCCUGGCCAUGAGGAUGGUGCCCAUCAUGGUGGGAUCCCUCAUAAAUUGUUUCGACUGGAAACUUGAAGGUGGGAUUGCACCAGGAGAUUUGGACAUGGAGGAUAAGUUUGGGAUCACUCUGGCCAAGCUUCACCCGCUUCGUGCUGUAGCAAUUCCUGUUGUUCCGUAGUUAAUAAGGAAAAUGCUAGAAGCACAAAAUUGGGUAUAAAAGCAUUCACAUAAUAAGUAUGUGUUAACUUUUGAUUGGAACAUGCCCCUAUGCAUUAAUAGCACCAAUUGAAACUUUCCACCUCAGUUGCCACUUUAUUUUGUGCAAAAUUGUGUACCCAAUUUUGUGCAUGUAGCACUGUUAAUAAUGUCUGCAUGCUCGUGAACACUUUCACUCUAUAUGACUAUGACUAUAUGUUUAUAUAUGUUUUACUGUUGUUUAAAGUUUGAGCUAUGUAUUUGAAUUAUUUUCAUCUCA